AUGAUUACUGCAAAUAACCAAAUAAACCAAGAUGGUAAAAAGUAAAACUAUGAAGAUAACAAAAUCUUUAAUGAUAAAACAGUUUAUAAUAACUAAGAAAAAUAGGUACCAGAAAAAGAAGAAGAAGAAAAAUUUGAAAAUAAUAAUUUGAAAGAGAAUGCUUAGAAAAAUAAUGAAAGAGAAUAAAGGUUAGAUUCUUAAAAUAGCAUUUCUUAAUGUAUAAAAGAAGCACAUAUGUGA